GGUAAGUACUUGACAGCGGAAGUGACAAAAGCCGGAGGUCCGCGGUGCAGCGCCGGGGGUCGCCCGCUGUUGGUGCUGGCUGGACCCGGAGGCCCUCGUUACCAGCAUGACUUUCCUCGUCUUCUUGAUCCUUAUGAUGCAGGCCGGGAGCAGGGCUGAGAUGAACGUCGCGGACCCAGAGCAGUUCUCGGUGCCUACACCAACUAAUAUUACAAUUACAACCGAUAAUAUGAACCCUAUUCUGCAUUGGGAGUACCAGAUCAUGCCACAGACCCCUGUUUUCACAGUACAGGUGAAAAACUACAGGAAUGGACAAUGGACUGAUGCUUGCACCAAUAUCUCUCAUCAUUACUGUGAACUUUCUGAACAAGUUUAUAAUUUAGCUGAAGCUUUCUGGGCCAGAAUUAAAGCUAGGAUUGGACAAAAAGAAUCUGUCUAUGUAGAGUCAAAAGAUAUUACUUUAUGCGAACAUGGAAAUAUUGGGCCACCUACACUAGAUGUCAGAAGGAAGGAAGACCAAAUCAUUAUUGACAUAUUUCACCCUUUAAUUAUUAUGGGAAAAGAGGAGGUGACUUUAUAUGAUGCUGAAAAUCCUUGUUUCCCAUUUAAGUACAUUGUAAAUAUGAAAAUUAACAGAAGUGAGAUGGCAGAUAUAAAAUUAGAACCAAAGGAAGAUGAUUGUAAUGAGUCGCUGUGCCAGUUGAGAAUUCCUGUGUCUUCACUGAAUUCUGAGUACUGCUUUUCAGCAGAAGGCUCAAACACAUGGGGAUUUACAAUGGAAGAGUCCAAAGAAGUUUGUAUAACUAUUUCCAAUGACAACAUAAAGGAUUUUGUUUGGAUUCCAGUUAUUGCUGUGUUCACAGUCUUUCUAGUAUUUAUCAUACUAUGUGUAUGUGCAUGUUGUCAUAUUAAGAAGAAUCCAUUUAAGAAAAAAAGCAGAAUGUUACCUAAGUCCUUGCUUUCUGUGGUAAGAAAUGCCACUUCAGAGACAAAACCUGAAUCAAAAUAUGUAUCGAUCAUCACAUCAUACCAGCCAUUUGUCGUAGAAAAUGAGACGGUGGUCUGUGAAGAGCCAUUGUCUCCAGUAACAAUUCCAGGCAUGCAGACAGAAGAUAAACCAGGAAAAGUAGAACACAGAAAAGAACCUUCUAGUGAAACACAAGUGGUGACUACUGAAGAAAAUAUUUCUGACCUGGCCCUGAGCAGCCCUAUGUCUUCAAUAGAGAGAGAGAAUUCUCUCCAUUCAAGUAGUAAUCUGUCAGCACCCUGCAGCAGCACCUUGAAUUCCUAUCACUCCAGGAAUGGUUCUGAUAGUGGCCUCGUGGGAUCAAAUGGCUUCGUAUCUGAAUCAGAAUUACCCCCAAGUGAUACAGCUGAAAUAAAAACAGAAGAACAAAUAUCCACAAUGCUGAGAAAUGCCCCUACCUCUUUUGGUUAUGAUAAACCACAUGUGAUUGUGGAUCUGAUUGUGGAUGAUGGCUGUAAAGAGUCUUUGAUUGGUUAUAGACUCACAACAGAUUCCAAAGACUGUUCAUAAGAUCAUCUGAGAUGCACCAAAUUUUGAAGAAUCUCAUUUUUCUGGAUGGUUUUCUGCUUUGGAUUUGGGAAAAGAUCAUAACCUCAGAAAUUGUAUCUUUGUUGAUAUUAACCAAAGGCAGUAUCUUGGUUGAGAUAAAGAUCCUUGCAUUUGCUUUGAAAACCAAAGACUCUUCUUAAAAAAAAAAAAAAAAAAAAAAGGACAAAAAACCUAUCAUAGCACUUAUGAACCUUUUAUUUAGGUCCUAGCAAUGUCAG